UUUUUUUUUUUUUUGCGUCAGUUUAAAAAUAGCAUCCUGCAAAAAUGAACCAUCCUCACCCAGGAUUCCUUGCAAACUACAACAGCCUAACAGACAAGCACCUAUCAAGUUAUUUCAGCAACACCAGGAUAAGACGUCACCUACAGAGAACAGGGCUGAUCUCCAGAAGUGGAAGGAUAAUAUCAGAGAAGGAAUACCGCUUAAAUACCAUGAAGAAGGAUCACCAGAAGUAUAUCCGGGAAUGUUUGGCUCAGGCCAUAUUUCACAAAGUCCUUGACAUGGAACGUCAUCACCAGGUUGACAUAAAAAGAAAUCUUGAAAAUUUGGUGAAGAAAGAGCGCAUUCAAAGACUAAAGGUGGAACGAUCAAGAAGGUCAGCAGAAGAUACAAAUUUCCCGCUUUCUCCACACCCACCCACUGCACCAAAGAAGCAUUUUGGACGCCGCAAAUUAGGUGACAGAGGACAAUCAGGUCAUUUGGCUACCUAUCCUCGACCAAGCACUGCACCAGGGAACAUACAGCAUCCAGUUCGACUGCAACCACUUUUCAGCAAUGCCAUGACAGAACCAAACCUCAAGACUGCAUCAAGUUCCAGACCAAAGUUCUCAACAUGUGAAAAAGCGCAUCAUUUUGCCAGUGGGGGAGAGAAAGGUUUGUUAAGACCAACGUAUUCAAUGGACUAUUCAACUGGAAUAUCCCCAUACCAGCUUCCCAUCAUUAACAAUUAUGUGAUACCUGUACCACCUCCACCCCCCAAACGUGAGAAGAAUAUCAGUGUGAUGAAAUUUGGAACAUCAAGAGGUCGACGAUACCGUCCAACAACUGCACCAAAUGUCUUGGAGCAAUCAUUAAUGAAGGACACAGGCAAGUUCUACAAGCCUCAAGUACACACCAAUGCAUAUGUUACCAUGAUCUAUUUGGGGAAAAAUGUGCAUCUGUGCCAUGACCUUUUUGAUUGCCGCGAUGAAAUAAAAAUAUAUCAACAGCACUGUGGAGGAGAAAAUGUUUGUGUGUACAAAGGCAAAGUGCUAGAGGGAGAUACUUUCCACUUUACCUCCAAGCGGCACCAUGGUUUUCCCUUUAGCCUCACUUUUUAUCUCAACGGUAUGCAAGUGGGCCGGUUAAGUUCUUGCUGCGAAUACAAGCAUCAGAAGGGUACUCGGCUAGGAGGCAAGCACGGACACUUUGGUUUUGUCAAUGUGGAAAGAUCAUCUCCUUGUUACAAGUAUGGCUAA